AUAUCAGCCUUCAAUCAACUCUCCCCGACUUCUCAAGCACAAGGCUCAGCGGUCCUGGAGACCAUCAUGCCUAAGUCCACGGCCAGACCCAACGUGACAGCCGUCUCGAAGGUUCUCUUCGAUUCAUCAAAAGAACUUCCCUCCGGCUCAGGUCAAUACUGCCCUCUUACCCUCUUCACCAAUCAGAACAUGGAGCGCUUGCAUCGUGAAGGUCAUUCACUCAAACGCUCAAAGGUACACGUUAACGGCGUUUCUCAUCAUCUUCUCGACCUCUCCCAGUUUGAGAACGAACUAGACCUGGACCCCCUGUCCUGGCAGGAAGCAUACCAACGCUAUCUUACCUGGAUAGAAGACAUUGGUGACGCAUCCUCUCUCAAACGCUGGACCACUCACUUUACCACACUAUCCAAGGACGAGGCAGUGCGUAAGAACUUCAGAGCCAUCAUCGAGUUCGACGUCGAGACACGUCAAAACUAUGCUCUUCGU